AUGUUUACCCUACUGUUAUCUUACAUUCAAGCUGCAAAAAUUCUAAUUUAUUUACCAAGGAUGUUCCAAAGCCACGUGGCAUUAAUGGCUAAUAUUGCAAAUUGUUUGGCUGAAAAUGGACAUGAAGUGGUAAUUCGGAGUUCAAAAAAAAGAAAAAAAGACAAACCACAGAUUCCUUGAUGUACAAAAACUUAAAAGUGGUCUGACGAAAUGAAAGAGAAAAUUCUGUAAAAUUCGAUAUAAACUACAUUAGGUUGAAGGUUUUUAGAACUCGUCAAUUUUUCUAAAUAUAAUAUGCUAAAAAUAUAAUCGGAGAUUAUUAUUCUUUCAGACAGUCAUAGAUAAUAUUUUCCGAAAUGAUAUUGGAAAUUAUCUUGGAAAUGAAAUUUACGAAAUUUUAAAAAUUGAGCCAGGCUUGAAAACCACUGAAUUAUUGAAACAAGGAAAUUUACCGCAACUUUUAUGGAAGUCACGACCAGAACCAGAAAUUCAAAGCGAGGUCAGUUUUCAACUCGCUUGACUUUCAGUUUAUUGUUAGAGUCAUGGAACAAUUCCGAUGAAUCGCCAAAAAAACAUUUUUCAAUUAAAUUUUCAGGUGAUAGAAGAUCUUGCACAACUUCAGCGAACUCAGUGCUUACACCUUAUCGAAAAUUCCACAGUCGUCGAACAACUUCAGAAAAGACUAUUUGAUCUGGCAAUUAAUGAAGUGUGUGAUACAUGUGGAAUUGGUUUGAUAGAAUUGGCCAAUAUUAAAAAAUCAAUAAUUAUUUCAUCAACUGCUCCGCUCGAUGUUGUUCCAUGGGCUCUCGGAAUAUCAAGUUUAUUUUAUGAUGGAUGUAAGAAACAACGCCCUUCACUGUGCAACUAUUGAUUUCUGGGUAACUAUUGAUUCAUUUUCAGCGACUUUAUCUGAUUAUGGGAAUGAGUUUGGAAUUUUGGAUAAGAUUCGGAAUUUGAAGUUUGUGUCAGCGAUGUUAAAUUUUCAUGAAAUACAAGCUAGAGAUGUUGAAAAAGCAUUUCAAACAAAGUAUGGACUGAAAACCUCAUUUUUUGAAUCGAUGAGGAAAUCAAAUUUAUUAUUCAAUAACAUCAAUGAAAUGUCAGAUGUUGUUCGAAGUACGAGUCGAAGAAUGUUAGAUAUUGGUGGAAUGGCAUUCACUAAGCCUGAAAAGCUAACGGAGGAAUAUCAGAAAAUUGUAGCAGAUGAUAGAAAAAAAGUUCUAAUCUCAUUUGGAACGGCAUCACCAUCUUCACUCAUGCCAAUUCAUUUCAAGUCAGCAAUUCUGCGAGCUAUUGAAUUACUUCCAGAAUAUUUAUUUAUCUGGAAAUAUGAGAUUGAAGAUGAUUUCGCAAAAUCUGCAAGUGGAAAUUUGACUAACAUUAUUUUUCGGAAAUAUAUUCCACAAACCAAUUUGUUGAGUAAGUCUUUUAUAAAAAAAAUGCAUAAUACCAAAUCAAAACAAAAUAAAAUUUUAGAUUCUGGAAACAUUUCUUUAUUUGUAACACACUGCGGUCAGAAUAGUUUGCUGGAAUCUUUUAAAAGUGGAACUAGAUUAUUGGCAGUUCCGUUAUUCGCAGAUCAAAAUCGUAAUGCAAAAGCUGCAGAAGAAGCAAAUCUUUUAGAAAUUCUUCCGAAGAAACAUCUAAAAGAUUCAACAAAAAUAAUAAGAGCAAUAAAAAAGUCGAUGGAAGAAAAUUAUAUAAUAACGGAUUCAUUAUACAAGAUUUCAAAGAAUUUACAAAAUGCAAGAAAUAAAUCGAGAGAUCUUGUUUUAAGAUCAGUUCAGAACCUAUUAGACGACCCAUUCCCUAUGGAUUUUUCAAAGUUUCCCAAAAACUAUCACCCAGAUUCAAUUCUACUGACUUUUUAUACAUUAUUUUUUUCAAUUCCAAUUCUCAUUUUCUCAAGAAUUGUAUUUUCUUAUAAUCGUAAAUAAAUGAUUGAUAUUUUGAAUCUUUGGUUAAAAUUUUUUAUUUCAAUCGAAUAAUUAUGAAUGAAUUGCAUCUAACGGUCAUGGGAUACAUUAAAAUGUAAUUCGAUUAUUGUUUUCGUUGGAGAAAAGAUUCGGAACUGUACGAUUUUGAUCUUUUUAACUAAUAUUCAAAUCUUAAGAUUUAACAUACUGGACUGAAACAAAUGAUAAUUGUAGUUAGAACAAUUAUUGGCUCUUCUUCUUUUCUCAUUGUUUGCCUCUUCGAAGUCAAUGAGAUGCGAUGUUGUAUUGAUAGAUUACCGUCGUUGUUUUUGAUCUUGAUUAGUUGUGGUUUUCUUGUUUCCUUUUUUAAAGCAGAAUCCCGAUAAGUUCAUCUCAAACACAUUACAGUAAUCCAAGAACAUAGAAAAACUUUCAAGUUGUUCUGAUAGAUUUAAAUUUUGUGCCAAAACUCAAUUUGAACAGAACAUCCACAUACACGUCAUAAUCAUUACAAAUUUUGGUCAGAAAUUGUCCUUUUAAUAGAAAAGAGUAUCAAUGAAACAAAUCCGUCGCUAAUCUUUUUUGCAACAAUAAAAAAUUAUUUUUAAUAAUAAAAAAAAUAUUCAGAAGGUCUUCUCAAAGUUCUUGUGUGAUACACAGAGAAUGUUAUAAAUUGAAGCCUAUGAUUAUAUAGCUCUUGGGAAAUAAGCCAAAAAUAACAGGUUUGAAGAAAGCUUCAAAAAAGGUCCCAAAUUUUUUUUACAGAACCUCAUUACCUCACUUCUCAGCACUUGACACUGUAGACUGACUGUACAAAUUUCGUUGAUACUUUGUACGGAAACGGGGAAGAGAGAAUUGCACAUAAGUAACAUCCGUUUAUCUACAAAGUAGCUACAGAACAGCAACGGCGUAGCUACGGAUUCAAAAAUAAUAUUUAUAGAGCGGUCACUUCACUUAAUUUCUGUCCGCGAAUUGUGUAGCUACAGCGUAGAUACGCUGUACCUACGUUUUCAUCUCUGAUUGUGUGACGCUUGGCAGCUCUCGUCAGAAUUUAAGGUGUGCGUAAUAACGAUUUAUCAUCUGCGUAGCUACGAAUUUGAUUUUUUUCGUAGCUACGCUGAAGAUAAAAUGUACCUACGAUUUUCGGGAAAAAAGUGUAGGUACAGCGUUCAUUCGCUGUAUUCACACUUCUUCAAUUUGUACAGUCAGUCUACAGAGUCAAGUGCUGAGUUGUUAUUGUUCUUUAAAUUUAUGUAAUGUCUAAUUAUUUGUUUUCACUUAUUUUGUGAUUUAAGUAACAAAUCAUGACCAAAAAUCAUCAAAAACAAUCCCGCCCACAAUUUUUUUUCUGGUCAAACUAAGUCUGUAUUUAUUAAUAUUUUUACAUUCUGUUUUAUGUUGUGUCAAAAAUGAAGUUCUCGAUUUUUCUUGUAAUAUUUUCUCACAUUGAAGCUGCUAAAAUUCUUGUCUAUUCACCAAGAAUGAUGCAAAGCCACGUGGCAUUCAUGGCGAAUAUUGCAAAUUGUUUGGCUGAAAAUGGGCAUGAAGUGGUAAGAAUUUUCUCUCCCCAGAGCAAAUGCCUGUGUACUUCUGAUCAUUAGAACAACUUUGUUUUUGUUUACGGGAUAUUUUUACGACGACGUAGAAAAAAUUGAUAAUCGGAGAUUAGGACAUUAUUGUUUUUCAGACAGUCAUUGAUAAUAUUUUCCGAAAUGAUAUUGGAAAUUAUCUUGGAAAUGAAAUUCACGAAGUUUUAGAAAUUGAGCCAGGUUUUCAAGUCACUGAAUUAUUGAAACAAGGAAAUUUACCGCAACUUUUAUGGCAAUCACGACCAGAACCGAGAGAUCAAAGAGAGGUCAGUUUAUAAAUACCAAAAAGGUUAUGCGGCCUAAAUUUUAAACUAGAUUUAUGUUGAACAUAGAACAAUUUUUUUUAGCUGAUGGAAGGACUUGGAAAUCUUCAUCGAGUUCAAUGUUUACACCUUAUCGAAAAUUCCACAAUCGUCGAACAACUUCAGGAAAGACAAUUUGAUCUAGCAAUUCAUGAGGUUUUUGAUACUUGUGGUCUUGGUUUGAUAGAGUUAGCAAAUAUCAAAAAAUCGAUAAUUGUAUCUUCAACUCUGCCCAUGGAUGUUGUUCCGUGGACACUUGGAAUAUCAAGUCUUAUUUAUGAUGGAUGUGAGAAUACAAUUUCAUUAAUCUAAAAUCGGAUUAAUUUUGCAGCUCUACUCUCUGAUUAUGGGAAUGAGUUUGGGAUUUUGGAUAAAAUUCGGAAUUUGAAAUUUGUUUCUGCGAUGUUAAAUUUUCAUGAACUACAAGCGAGCGAUGUUGAGAAAGCGUUUCAAAUGAAAUAUGGAUUGAAAACCGCAUUUUUUGAAUCGAUGAGAAAGACAAAUUUAUUAUUCAAUAACAUCAAUGAAAUGUCAGAUGUUGUUCGAAGUACGAGUCGAAGAAUGUUAGAUAUAGCUGGCACAUCAUUCUAUGAACCUGAAAAGCUAACAGAAGAAUAUCAGAAAAUUGUAUCUGACGAUAGAAAAAUAAUCCUAAUCUCAUUCGGAACAGCAGCAACAUCUUCACAUAUGCCAACUUAUUUGAAAUCUGCAAUUCUGCAAGCAAUUAAAUUACUUCCAGAAUAUUUAUUCAUUUGGAAAUAUGAGAUUGAAGAUGAUUUCACAAAAUCUGCAAGUGGAAAUCUAAGUAAUGUCGUAUUCCGCAAAUAUGUUCCACAAACUAAUUUGUUGAGUGAGUCAAGAAAACUUCAAUACAGAAAAAAUUAUGAAACAUUACAGAUACUGGAAAUAUUUCUUUGUUCAUCACACACAGUGGCCAAAAUAGUAUGUUGGAAUCUUUCCAAAGUGGAACAAAAAUAUUGGCAGUUCCAUUAUUUGGUGAUCAACAUCAUAAUGCAAAAGCUGCGCAAGAAGCAAAUCUUUUAGAAAUUCUUCCGAAAAAAUAUCUCAAAGAUUCAACGAAAAUAAUAAGAGCGAUAAGAAAAUCAAUGCAAGAAAAUCAAACGAUAACAGAUUCUCUGUAUAGAAUUUCGAAAAACUUGAAAAAUGCCAGGAACAAGUCUAGAAAUAUUGUUUUGAGAUCAGUGCAAAACCUAUUAGACGACCCAUUUCCUAUGGAUUUCUCAAAGUUUCCGAAGAAUUAUCACCCAGACUCAAUUCUACUGUUUAUUCAUACAUUAUUUGUUUCAAUUCCAAUUCUCAUUUUCUCGAUGAUUUUCUUUUUUUAUACUCGUAAAUAAAUGAUUGAUCUCGCAAUUUACAACGUGACCCAUUUUUUUCAAAAAAAAAACGUCAGGUUUUCGAUUCAGAGUGUCUCACUACUUGUUUUUAUUUAUGUGGGCUCUAAUUAUUCUAUGGACAAUAUAUAACACAAUUGCUUCAGUAUUAUUAAUCGGACAAUAUACUAAUCUUAUUUGUGUUGUAUUUUUCUCUCCAAUUUUAUUAACAUUACUAUAUUAUAUCUUGAAAAAUUCAAUAAGUUCAGCUGAUAAUCCGAUAAAAUCUGAAUUUUUCAAAAAUUUCAAAUUUGGAGGACAUCGUGGUUCGCCGGUUCAUGCACCAGAAAACACAUUAGAGAGUUUUAAAUGGGCAAAAGAAGAAGGGGUCGAUUUGGUGGAAUUUGAUGUUCAUAUAACAGAAGAUGGUGAAGCAAUUCUAAUGCAUGAUGAGACAACAAAACGAACAGGAUUAUCAAAUUAUGAAAUAUCGAAAACUAAGUGGGAAACAUUGAAAACAGUUAAAUUGAAAGAAAUGAAGUGAGUAAAAUGAAAAACAAUAAAUUUGAAUCUCCGCCAUGGCGCCACGUUUGCGUCAACAAACGGAGUGUCGUUGUUUUAUUUUUAUUUUCGGCAUGCAAAACAUUUUUUUCUUUUUUUCCACUGGUGAACCAAAUAUACUUAUUUUGAUAUCACAUUUCUUCAAUACGUACUUUAAUUUGAUCUACCUUCCUAGAAGAAUAGUGCGCGAAAAUUUUCAACGUUUUUUUCUGGCAAGUCCGCAGUGAAAACAUUUUUUUGUCAAGACUUUGCCCAUAAAAACGCGUUUUUUUCUUUUUUUUUCCACAAGAACUUUUGUUUUUUCAGCAAUGUAUCUUCACGAAUUUGCACCCUCAGCGAAACCAUCGACUUUUGCAUGCAAAACAAUCUCAAAAUGCUUUUCGACAUGAAAAACGACAACAUAAUUUUAAUAGAAAAAAUUGUGAAGGAAAUAUCAAGCCGGAAGAUUUAUCAACAUGUUCUUGUAAGCAGUUUCAAUCCAAUGGUUGCAUAUCGACUCAAAAAGAUGGAUUUGAAUAUAUUGACUGGUUUAACUUAUGAUCGAUCAUAUUACGCAUACAGCGAUGAUCAUAGAAAAGAACCGUUUUCAAGUCAUUUCUUCGGACAUUGGAUUAAUGAAAUUUACGAUGAACUCAAUAUGAUGUUUGCACCAUUGUAUAUUCUACCAACAUUUCUAGGAGUUGAUGUUUUGAUGAUGAGUUAUCAAUUGAUUUCAGAGUAUGUUUUUAACAAUGAUAAAUCAAAAUAGGAUAGAAUAUAUAAAUUGUUUUCAGGAAUCUGGUGAGAGAAGCUCGCGAAAAAGGAUUUUCUGUGAUUGCUUGGACAGUCAACGACAAAGAUUAUAUGAAACUGAUGACAAAAUUGAAUAUUCCCUUCUUGACCGAUGUUCCUUACGAAGUCAAAAUAUCUGAAUUGAUCGGAAGUCGUGAAAUUGCUUAA